AUAUCGAUUGCACCUCCAACUGUCCACGCGAGAGUUUUAUAUUUUUUAUUUUUACAUGCAUAUUUGUUGAUAACUGGGGUUUUCUGUGAACCGCGUCUAACUUCCAGCCAGCCAUGAGCACAAUAUUGGAGAAAAUCUCGGCCAUCGAGUCGGAGAUGGCCCGAACCCAGAAGAACAAGGCCACCUCGGCCCAUUUGGGUCUGCUGAAGGCGAAGCUGGCCAAGCUGCGACGCGAGCUGAUUUCACCCAAAGGAGGCGGCGGCGGAACCGGCGAAGCUGGCUUCGAGGUGGCCAAGACUGGAGAUGCCCGGGUGGGAUUUGUAGGAUUUCCUUCAGUGGGUAAAUCCACACUGCUCUCCAACUUGGCUGGCGUUUACUCCGAGGUGGCGGCCUACGAAUUCACAACGUUGACCACUGUGCCGGGAUGCAUCAAGUACAAGGGCGCCAAGAUCCAGCUGCUGGAUUUGCCCGGUAUCAUUGAGGGCGCCAAGGAUGGCAAGGGUCGAGGUCGUCAGGUGAUAGCUGUCGCUCGCACCUGUAACCUCAUUUUCAUGGUGCUGGAUUGCCUGAAACCGCUUGGCCACAAGAAACUCCUCGAGCAUGAAUUGGAGGGCUUCGGCAUCCGGCUUAACAAGAAACCACCAAAUAUCUACUACAAGCGGAAGGACAAGGGCGGCAUCAAUCUGAACAGCAUGGUUCCUCAGUCCGAGCUGGACACGGAUCUGGUGAAGACCAUUCUAUCCGAGUACAAGAUCCACAAUGCGGACAUCACCCUGAGAUACGACGCCACUAGUGACGACCUGAUCGACGUUAUCGAGGGCAACCGCAUCUACAUACCCUGCAUCUAUCUGCUGAACAAGAUCGAUCAGAUCUCCAUCGAGGAGCUGGACGUCAUCUACAAGAUCCCGCAUUGCGUGCCCAUCUCGGCCCAUCACCACUGGAACUUUGACGAUCUGCUGGAGCUGAUGUGGGAGUACCUGCGGCUGCAGCGCAUCUACACCAAGCCCAAGGGCCAGCUGCCCGACUACAACUCGCCCGUGGUGCUCCACAACGAGCACACCAGCAUUGAAGAUUUCUGCAACAAGCUGCAUCGCUCCAUUGCCAAGGAAUUUAAAUAUGCGCUGGUUUGGGGCUCAUCUGUGAAGCAUCAGCCUCAGAAGGUGGGCAUCGACCACGUUCUCAACGACGAGGAUGUCGUCCAGAUUGUGAAGAAGGUUUAGACUCUGUGCAACGAUAACACUUUGAUUAUUUGAUGGCAUUUUUUAUUCGAAAAUAAAAAACGAAUGUGCUUUA